CUGGUUGGUCAGAUUAAUAGCAAUGGCUGGCAUUGAGCCCCGCGGUGCAAGCACGCACCUACCCACUUGCCCGCCUUGUAGAGCACGGCUAUGACGUAGGUAGCUCUUCUCAUCAAGCUACAUUCGUCACUGCUCCCCUCGUUGAGCUACCUUUUAAACCUCCGAACGUGCCUGUCCCCCUCACUUCUUUUCCCCUCUUCAUUCUCAUCAUUCAAAGUAACAUCACCUCUCGAUAAUCAAUCAUCAAAAGCACCAACGACUCUUUCACGUCGAUCAUACCACCAACACAACAACCUCCCUCCACACAAUCAUUCACAAUGGCUCGCGGCGAGACUCAGCAGACCAAGGUCCACUUCAAGGGCAGCGAUGACUUUGUCAUCUUCAUCGACGAUGUCGAGACCUACCAGAAGUGGAAGACCGACAAGAGCGUCCCCCUGGCUCACUUCAUCUCCUCUUUCAAGAUCUUCUGCACACAUGGACAAGGAGCCCAGGGAACACUCGACGCAGCUUCCAAGGCCGCUCUUGAGAACGAGUUCGGCACCUCUGUCGAUGACGAUGUCAUUAAGCAGAUCCUUGAGAAGGGCGAGACUCAGAACACUGAGUUCCCCGAGCGCCAGGGCAGCAAGAACGACAGCAAGGGUCCUAUGGCCUCCCACUAAAAGAAGCAAGGUGCCAGACGAUGUACCAUGCAGCGGGCGUUAGGGUUUUUAUCAGGUUUAGCGCGAAGUCGAGUACGACAAACAGGGCGGUUGUCUUGAACAACAACAUUGAUCUCAUCCGAAAUGGUAAGAGAUUGUUGUUGGGCAGGUAGCUUGGUCCACGAUCAUAGUAAUAGGUGAUCGGGAUCACUAGCAUCUCAACGAUCUGAUGCUCUGAGAGACGGGCAUAUUUGAUGAUAGCGCCUCAUAAAUUUCAACAAGCCUUUCAUAUUUGACCAUCACUAAUGAUGUCCUAUUCGUUUAUUUAUGUUCUCGACGUGAGGUGAUAAGAUGUUGCAGUGAUGAUGUAUAUGCUUUUCCUCUGCCACACAAGUGGACACCAAUUGGAACAGAUAUUGU